GUCGCUGCGUCAUCAAUCUUCCAUAUCUGAGAAUAACCGAUGGUACUAGAUCCGCCGGGGGUCAAAUUCUCUGAUUUGGUCUGGUUCGAGCUCAAGUUUCCUUCAUCCUGAAUUGGGUCCGUUGGCUUCUCCAUCUAUAGACUUGGCUGGUUCCGUUGUGGUUCGAGCUAUGGCGAAGUCUCAAACAGAUCAGAGGAAUAAGAGACUUGAAGGUGCUAAAACGGUGAUGACAAGUGAAGAGGCGUUUGAGAAUCAUAUGGAGUGAACUUAGACAGACGAGUUUUGUUCCGAUUGGAGCUUACAUUCAAUUAAAUGGGGAGGAAGAGAGUCAUCUACUAUUAUCAUCCCAAUGAUAUGAGAAUGGCUGAAUCUACUCGUAUAAUAGCGAAAUACCCCGACAGAGUUCCCGCUAGAGAGAGUGAUGUUCCUUACAUUGACAAGAAGAAGCUUGUCUCAAACGUACAUAGAGGAAAGACUCAUCAUUUCUGUGGAAGUUUUGCUGUCUCAAGUGAGUGCAGCCCAAGAUAUUGAUGUCUCAAGUGCAGUCUCAAGUCAAGUCUCAAGUGAGUGCAGCUCAAAAUCUAUAUAGAUUAGAAAUUAGGCUGGGCUUAGAUGAGAACAAGUUUGUUAAUUUUGGCACUUGUAAUCUUAGUUUAAGACUUUGACUGAGGCUGUUUUCUUGUAUGGUGUGGAUGAUUUAUGAAAUAUAAUGCUCUGAUUAGG